CAAAACUCAAUGAAUUAAAUGACGUCAUAGCACCUCCCAUGUAUGCCAUAUCUCGCUAGUUUCACUUUAGACAGGAUACUUGAAGCAGGUAGUGUUUUUACCAUGGCUAGUAACACUGAGUUACAGUCUGGAUACGAUUAUCAAUUUGUCGUACAAGUACCUGAAGACUACAUUUGUAGUAUUUGUCAUCUUGCAAUGCGAAAACCCGUACAGACAAGAUGUGGACAUCGAUUUUGUAAGGAUUGUUUGGACGCAGCCUUACAGAGAAAGCCAAAAUGUCCUCUGGACAAUGAGUCCUUGAGUUCACAGCAAAUAUUCGAAGAUAAAGCGACCGAGCGACAAAUUCUUUCACUCAAGAUAAAGUGUCCGAACCAUUGUAUUUGGCAGGGAGAACUGAGAGAUCUCAAGACUCAUGAUGAAUAAUGUCCGCGGACCAUUGUACCCUGCAGUUACGUCAGUAUCGGAUGUAAUUUUAAGGGACCAAGAAGAUGUUUAAGCGAUCAUUAUAAAACUAGCCUGGUAGACCAUCUUACCAUCACGACACAACAACUUCUGGAACUCAAGGC